UGCUGAGGCUGUUUCCGCGGGUUCGGCGGGCUGCGGGUUCAGUGCACCCGGGAGCUGCAGGAUGGGGCCAAAGUGGGACUUGUAAGAUGUUACCCUGCCUGAAGAAAAGGAAUCCAGAGUCUCCAUUGCGGCAGGGAAGCCAGGAGGAAGAUGACUUAGACCUGGAAUCGACUAUCCAAUCAAAUCAGCCUCAGGACUUGGGGUCAGCGCCUCUGUCCUGGGGCCCCAGACACAGUGGAGCAGGUGGUUUGGAAAGUCACUCUAUGCAAGAUGCUGGAGAGCACCAAGGCAUGGAGGAUCCAGCUUUGAGCUCCAGUGUGCUCAUCCCAGACAUUGUUGCCCCCAUUUUAGAAUCUGCAGAUGUAACCAUCUCACCAGAGAUCACCCUGACGGCCUCAGAAUCUUCCCAUCCUUUGAAUAUACACUUUGGUAAAGCAAAACUCCAAGACACUGGAUUCAGGAGAGGGAAGACUUUUGCAGGGAGGCCUGGGCCAAUGGCCCAGGACGACAAGGAUGAUCCCACUGGUACCCAUGAGCCCUUUUCUGGGGAUCCUAGUGAAAAAGUCAAGGAAGAUGGAGGAAAACCUUCAAUGCUGCUUUCUGUAGAAGAGCUGCCUUCGCUUCCCAUGGGUAGCCACUCCCCAAAACCUGGAAUCCAGCUGUGGAAACUGGAAGCUCCCCCUGAUGUGGGUGCCUCCCUGCAGGAAGAGCCCCUCAGGACCCCUGCUCCCCAUGCGGAGGAAGAGACAGAGGAUGGUGGACUCUUUAUUCCCACAGAAGAGCAGGACAGUGAAGAUAGUGAGAAAAGGCGCAAAAAAAAGAAGGGCACGAAGAGGAAACGAGACGGAAGGGGCCACGAGGAAGGGACUUUGAGUUAUGAUCUAAAACUGGACGAUGUGCUCGACAGGACGUUAGAGGAUGGUGCCAAGCAGCACAAUCUCACAGCAGUCAAUGUGCGGAACAUCCUUCACGAAGUAAUCACAAAUGAACAUGUGGUAGCAAUGAUGAAAGCAGCCAUCAGCGAGACUGAGGAUAUGCCCAUGUUUGAGCCCAAAAUGACCCGCUCUAAGCUGAAGGAAGUGGUGGAAAAAGGAGUGGUAAUUCCAACAUGGAAUAUUUCACCAAUUAAGAAGGCCACUGAAGUUAAGCCUCCUCAGUUUGUGGAUAUCCACCUGGAAGAGGAUGAUUCCUCAGAUGAAGAGUAUAAGCCAGAUGAUGAGGAAGAAGACGAGACUGCUGAGGAGAGUCUGUUGGAAAGUGAUGUCGAAAGCACUGCGUCAUCACCCCGUGGAGCAAAGAAGUCCAGACUGAGGCAGUCUUCUGAGAUGACUGAAACAGACGAGGAGAAUAGUGUGUUAUCAGAGGUAGAGAAAGUCAUCAGCGUACCUGCCGUCAGGCACAUUAGUGCUGAAGUGGUGCCCAUGGGACCCCCGCCCCCUCCCAAGCCCAAGCAGACCCGGGACAGCACUUUCAUGGAGAAGUUGCACGCAGUGGACGAGGAGCUGGAUUCCAGCCCGGUCUGCAUGGAUUCUUUUCAGCCCAUGGAUGACAGUCUCAUUGCAUUCCGCACUCGCUCCAAGAUGCCUUUGAAAGAUGUGCCUCUGGGGCAGCUAGAGGCAGAGCUCCAGGCACCAGACAUCACCCCAGACAUGUAUGACCCCCAUACGGCAGACGAUGAGGACUGGAAGAAUUGGCUAGGGGGACUCAUGAAUGACGAUGUGGGCAAUGAAGAUGAGGCGGAUGAUGAUGAUGAUCCAGAAUAUAAUUUUUUGGAAGACCUUGAUGAACCGGACACUGAGGACUUCCGUACAGACCGGGCUGUAAGAAUCACCAAAAAGGAAGUGAACGAACUAAUGGAAGAGCUAUUUGAAACUGUGAGUGAAGACCCUGGGUUCCAAGAUGAGAUGGGAUUCUCCAACAUGGAAGAUGAUGGCCCGGAAGAGGAGGAGCGUGUGACUGAGCCUCGUCCCAACUUUAACACCCCUCAAGCCCUCCGAUUUGAGGAACCUCUGGCGAACUUGCUAAAUGAGCAACAUCGUGCAGUGAAGGAGCUCCUGGAGCAGCUGAAGAUGAAGAAAUCAUCAGCCAAGCAGCAGCAGGAGGUGGAGAGGGUGAGGCCCCCAGAGGAGAAAGUUCAGCAGACGCUGAUUCUGGACCUGGCGCAGAGGAAGCGCCUCCAGCAGCAGAUGCAGCAGCACGUUCAGCUCUUGACUCAGAUUCACCUUCUCGCCACUUCUAACCCCAAUCUCAGCUCGGAGGCCACCACCACCAGGAUAUUUCUUAAAGAGCUGGGAACCUUUGCGCAAAGUUCCAUCGCCCUUCACCAUCAGUUCAACCCCAAGUUUCAGACCUUGUUCCAACCCUGUAACCUGCCAGGAGCCAUGAAGCUCAUCGAAGACUUCAGCACUCAUGUCAGCAUUGACCGGAGUCCUCGGAAGACUGGCAAGAAGACUGCCUCUGAAUUUCCUUGUUUGCCAAAGCAAGUGGCUUGGAUUCUGGCCACAAACAAGGUGUUCAUGUAUCCUGAACUGCUUCCCGUGUGCUCGCUGAAGGCCAAGAAUCCCCAGGAUAAGAUUUUAUUCACCAAGGCUGAAGACAAUUUGUUAGCUUUAGGACUGAAGCACUUUGAAGGGACGGAGUUGCCCAAGCCACUGAUCAGCAAAUACCUCCUUACCUGCAAGACUGCUCAGCAGCUGACAGUGAGAAUCAAGAACCUCAAUAUGAGCAGAGCUCCCAACAACAUCAUUAAAUUUUACAAGAAGACCAAGCAACUGCCCAUCUUGGUGAAGUGCUGUGAAGAGAUCCAGCCCCAUCAGUGGAAGCCACCCAUUGAGCGCGAGGAACACCGGCUUCCAUUCUGGCUAAAGGCCAGCCUGCCAUCCAUACAGGAGGAGCUGCGGCACAUGGCCAAUGGGAGCAGGGAUACCUCAGGCCUGAUGGAGCCCGCGAAGGUCAAGGUAGAACCAGGUGUAGAAAAUGGCAGCUCUGAGCAGGGGUCGCUGGAGAGUGAGAGCCACUAUCCUCUGCUGCUGCCCAAAGGUGUUGUCCUGAAGCUGAAGCCAGUGGCUAACCAUUUCUCCAGGAGGGCGUGGAGACAGAAGCGAUCAUCCGUGGUCAAGCCCUUCCUCACCCGACCCAUCAUCCCAUCCCUGCAGCCCAGCCCCAGCUCUGGGAGAGUCCCAGCCAGGUCCGCCCUGUCGGAAGCCGCCCCCAGCAAAAUGGUGGUGCAGAUCCCACAACUCCUGCAGACUGAGACCCUUUUACAGCCCUUGCCAGCGGGGCCUCCCCUGGGCAUUGCUGGGGCAGAGUCUCUCACAGCACUGCCAGCUGUGCCCCCUGAGGCUAGGAGCAGCUUCCCUCUGUCCGAACCUCAGCCCCUGCUCUCAUCGGCCCCACUGCCCAAGGUCCUACUGCCUUCUCUAGCCCCAUCCAAAUUCCGGAAGUCAUGCGUGAAGCGGAGAGGUACCAGGAGGAAGGGGACCAAGACCUCUUUGUGUCUGAAGGCGGCCCCCCUCAUUCACACUGCUCCUGUGAUCUUCACUGUUCCCGCUACCACUGUCAAGGUUGUGAGCCUUGGCAGUGGCUGUAAUGUCCUUCAGCCCGUGAGUGCCGCAGUGGCCCAGAGCUCUCCACCCAUUCCCAUCACCACCCUCCUGGUGAACCCUACGUCCUUCCCCUGCCCCCUGAGCCAGCCCCUCAUGGCCUCAUCUAUCCCGCCACUGAUUGUGUCUGGCAACUCCGUGAAUCUGCCUGUUCCAUCCAAUCCUGAAGAAAAGGCCCCGGUGAAUGUGGACCUGGGCUGUCCCACAGGGGAAGGGAAAAUCACCUUCCCUGGCCUGCAGCCCAAACCUGAACCCCAGGAGGAGCAAGCUCUGCUCUGUGUGCCCAUCCUCCCCAAAGAGGAGCAGAGCCCAGCGCCCGUGCCUGCUGCCAGCAUGUGCCACUCUGACCCACCGGAGAGCAGUGCCUAUGGCUGGACAGUUGUAAAGACAGAGACAGGAAGGCCUGCCCUGGACCUGCCGACGGAUGUCUUUCCAGAACCACAACACUCACCCCGGGGGGAUGUGGACAUCACGGUCAAGGUGGAGCCGAAAGAGCCUGGGGAGGAGCCGUCCGGGGCCCUCCCCGAGCAGGACACCAGCGGGGAGAUGAGUGAAGAACAUCCCAUGGAACUGGACACCAACACCGGCUUUCCACAGGAGCAGGCAGGGGCUGCCAGUGAGGGCAGCGGACAGGCAGAUGCACAGGAGGAAGAGCAGAGCCAGUCAGCUGGCGAAGGGACUCUGGGCGAGGUGAGUCGGAAAUCUCCAGGCAGCGGUGCUACCUUCUGCGCAGACCAUGAUGGGGCACUGAGCAGCUCCCCUGGGAGGCCAGAAGAUGUGGCCAGCAUUGAUGGCCAGUCAGAGGAGACCCCUGUGGGGCCCGAAACUGGAGGCGAGAAGGAGGGUCCUGAAGAGGAAGAGGAGGAAGACUUGGAUGACCUCACCCAGGACGAGGAGGAUGAGAUGUCUUCAGCUUCUGAGGAGUCUGUGCUGUCCGUCCCAGAGCUCCAGGAAACCAUGGAGAAACUGACUUGGCUGGCCUCAGAACGGCGCAUGAGUCAGGACGGUGAGUCGGAGGAAGAGAACUCUCAGGAAGAGAACUCAGAGGCCGAAGAGGAGGAGGAGGAAGAGGCAGAAGGUCUGGAGAACCUCCAAAAGGAGAUGCAGGACGAUGUCCUCAGACACCCCGCUGCCACACCCCCAGCCCCCUUUCCAUCACCACCAAUUCCUCCUGAGGUGCAGUGCAGCGGGACCCCUCCAGGACAGCACAUCAAGGCCACUGGCAAGGGCCGGAGCAAACACCGAACUCGGAACAGGAGGGCAAGUCGGGCCCGAGCCAGCAAGGACACAUCCAAACUUCUGCUGCUCUACGAUGAGGACAUUCUGGAGCGCGACCCGCUCCGGGAACAGAAGGACCUGGCCUUUGCGCAGGCGUAUCUCACUCGGGUACGAGAAGCCUUGCAGCACAUACCUGGAAAAUACGAGGACUUCCUUCAGGUCCUUUAUGAGUUUGAGUCCAGUGCACAGAGGCAGACAGCGGUGGACCUCUACAAAAACCUGCAAACUCUGCUCCAGGACUGGCCGCAGCUGUUGAAGGAUUUUGCUGCAUUCUUGCUGCCUGAGCAAGCUCUGGCUUGUGGCUUAUUUGAGGAGCAGCAGGCUUUUGAGAAGAGUCGCAAGUUUCUUCGGCAGCUGGAAAUUUGCUUCGCAGAGAACCCAUCACACCACCAAAAGAUCAUCAAGGUCUUACAAAGUUGUGCGGACUGCCUGCCCCGGGAGAUCCUGGAGCUCAAGACACAGAUGUGGCAGCUCCUCAAGGGCCAUGACCAUCUCCAGGAUGAGUUUUCUGUCUUUUUCGACCAUCUGCGCCCUGCAGCCAGCCGGAUGGGUGACUUUGAAGAGAUCAACUGGAGUGAGGAGAAAGAGUAUGAGUUUGAUGGCUUUGAAGAAGUGGCACUGCCUGAUGUUGACGAGGAAGAGGAACCUCCCAAGAUGCCCACAGCCUCAAAGAGCAAAAGGAGGAAGGAGAUUGGAGUCCAGAAUCCUGAUAAGGAGGCCGAUUGGCCAGAUGGGAUCAAAGACUGCGUCUGUCUCUGCCACGAAGGAGGCCCUGAUUCCAAGCUGAAGAAGAGCAAGAGGAGAAAUUGCAGCCAUUGCAGCAGCAAGGUCUGUGACAACAAACUAUACAAGAGCAAGGAGCCCCCUGAGUUGGUGGGCAGUAGCCCCCACCGAGAGGCCAGCCCAAUGCCUGGGACCAAGGAAGUUGGAUCAGGGAAGGACAUGAUAGAGGAGGAUCUGGAGGCCACCCCGAGCAGGACCAGCAGAAACCCCAGAAAGGGAGAUUUGCCCGUGGCAGGAAUGGCAGUGGGGAGUUCUUUGCUUUCCCCCCAAGAAGUGAUGCUUACAGACCAGCUUCUCCAGGAAGGCCAACCCCCUGGCUCCCCCGAGACUCCUGAGCUGCCUGCUACAACUCAGAGUAUGCCCCGUGCCGAGAGGAAGGAGCAGGAUGUGUCUGAGCUGUUUGCCUGCCCCUCGGUGUCCUCCAGGCCUGCAGACGAGCAGGCAGAGCGGGAAGCCACAGCACCCUUGCUGGCCUGGGAUGCAUCGGCCACGGAACAGCUGCGUAGUGCUGUGGAACACCCCCCUUCCUCCCCGGGCCUCGUUUGCCCCAGGACCACAGAUUGUGGGGCAAGUCCAGGUCUUGGGAAGGCAGGUUCUCCAGAGAGCAGGCUGCCAACAGGAGGGGCAUCCUCUGGGGUGUCCCCUCUCCGGGAAGCAUCAGGUGGGGACUCUCCAGCCCCUUCUCCCAGAGACUUGACAGGGGAUGUAGCCAAGGACAGUGGGAUGUGGGGCAAGAGCCUUGAGGGGGAGCAGCCGCCCAAGGCAGCCGAAGCCACGGUAUGCGCCAACAACAGCAAGGUCAGCUCCACCGGGGAGAAGGUGGUGUUGUGGACCAGGGAGGCCGACCGAGUGAUCCUCACUAUGUGUCAGGAGCGGGGGGCCCAGCCACAGACGUUCAGCAUCAUCUCUCAGCAGCUGGGGAACAAGACCCCUGCGGAGGUUUCCCACCGCUUCCGUGAGCUUAUGCAGCUCUUCCACACGGCAUGUGAGGCCAGCUCUGAGGACGACGACGAUGCCGCCAGCACCAGCAACACCGACCAGCUGUCGGACCACGGGGACCUUCUGUCUGAGGAGGAGCCUGAUGAGUAAGACGCGGAG